AUGGCCACGCAAUUGCCAACGUUUCCACCGUUUGUUGUUCAAAAUGCGGCCGGGGAAAGCCAAAAUACGGCAGGAAUAAGAUGGCAGAAAUGGAUCCAAAAGUUAGAAAACUUGCUGUGCGCCCUUGACAUCACCGUUGACAAACGGAAAAAGGCACUGCUGCUACACUAUUGUGGUGAAGAAACGUACGACAUCUUCGACUCGUUUUCGGACGACGACAAGGGAAUUGGGGCCACCAAGGAAGUCCCAAAUGGUGAAGACAAUGAAAUUCUGUCCCAAAUCAUACAGGGAUGCACAUCAUCGCGCAUAAGGAGACGGGCGUUACGGGACAACUAUAAACUAGAUAAGUUAAUCGAGGAGGCGCGUGCUUUGGAACUAUCGGAAAACCGAGCGAGCGAGAUGGAGUCCGGGCCAAGUAGUAAGCAGGUCAACGCGAUACACCAGCGUGGCCGUGGACAUCGGGGUCGUGGUCGUGGUCGCUCCAAUACAUACUCCGAACAUACUCGAGGUCGCGGUCAGAGUCAACAUUCCCGUGGGCACAGAGGAGGUGUCCGACCUGAUACCAAUCAGUGUGGGAACUGCGAGCAGUACCCUCCCCUUUUCGAUGGCAAGAUGGGCAAGAUCGAGGGGACGAAGGUGAAGCUCCACAUUGACAAGGAGGUGCCUCCAGUUUCGCAGCGUCAUAGACGUAUUCCCUUUCAUGCACGUAAGGAUGUUGAGGCAGAGCUCAAGCGUCUUGAGGACCUCGACGUGAUUGAACCGGUUUCAGGACCGACCCCUUGGGUCAGCCCAGUCGUUAUUGUCCCCAAAAAGUCUAAGGGUGUCCGCGUCUGUAUCGACAUGAGGGAGGCCAACAAGGCCAUCUCACAAGAGAAACACCCUAUGCCAACGGUCGAAGACCUGAUGGCUGAUCUUAACUCUUCUGUUGUUUUCAGCAAACUUGACCUUUCAAACGCCUAUCACCAGUUGGAGCUCGACGAAGACAGUCGAUACAUCACCACAUUCUCAACGCAUGUCGGUGCGAAGAACUUGUCUGAUGAUAUUAUCAUUCAUGGAAAGUCACAGGCGGAGCAUGAUCGAGCUUUGAAGUUAACGUUAGACAGGCUUAGUAGCAGUGGUGCAAAGCUGAACAAAGAAAAAUGUAUUUUCUCUGUUAACAAGAUCACUUUCUUUGGGCAUGUUUUCAGCAAUGUGGAAAUUUCAGCGGAUCCAGCAAAAAUCAAAGACAUUGUUGGUCAGGCAGCCCCACAGAGUCCAGGUGUAUCCGCCAUACUUACUCAAGAAGGCAGAGUUGUCUGCUAUGCAAGCCGUGCCUUAACUGAUGUUGAACAACGGUACUCACAAACUGAUCGUGAAAUGCUAGCUGUGGUAUAUGGUGUCGAGCACUUCCAUUUGUACCUAUUUGCAUCUGAGUUCAAGGUGAUCACCGAUCACAAACCUCUUGUUGGUAUUGUUCACUCUCAGAAACCAGCUUCUGCUCUUAUGGAACGAUGGCGUCUACGCCUGAUGCCGUACCAGUUUGUCUUGGAGUAUCGUCCUGGCAAGACAAAUCCCGCUGACUACAUGAGCAGACAUCCACAUGACAAGCCAAAUAGGGACAAUGCUGCAGAAGCAUAUGUUGCUUACAUAAGUCAGCAUGCAGUCCCAAAGGCCAUGACCUUAGAAGAUGUUAGACGUGCCACGCAAGAGUGCACUAUUCUGCAACAGGUCAUGAUUACGAUUCAAAGUGGUAGAUGGUGGGGUAGCCCAAAUCUUACACCAUUUGUUCAAUUCAGAGACGAGUAUUCUAUUGUUGAUGGAGUCAUACUGCGUGACCAUCGUUUGGUAAUUCACGCCUCUCUGCAGCGUCGUGUUGUUGAACUCGCUCAUCAUACUCACCAGGGUAUAGUGAAAACCAAGCAGCUGAUCAGAGAGAAGGUAUGGUUUCCUGGCAUUGACAAACUAGUUGAGGAUACUGUCAGAGCUUGUGUUCCAUGUCAAGCUUCGUAUCCAGGGCCAAGUAAACGUGAACCUGUGAGCCCAACAGCUCUCCCGUCGAAACCUUGGUCCGAAGUCGCAGUGGACUUUGGUGGUCCUUUUCCAUCCGGUCAAUACUUGCUUGUUGUUAUUGAUGAACACAGUCGGUUUCCGGAGGUUGAGAUUGUAUAUUCAACGUCUGCAAAAGUUGUAUUACCUAGGCUGAGUGCCAUAUUUGCACGCCAUGGUUAUCCUGAUGUUGUGAAAUCUGAUAAUGGUCCACCGUUUCAAGGACAUGAGUUUGCAGAUUUUGCUGUGACGUGUGGUUUCAAGCACCGAAGAAUCACUCCGUUAUGGCCUGAGGCCAAUGGAACGGUUGAGCGAUUCAUGGGCACUCUAAAUAAGUUUGUCCGUGCUGCUGUUGCUGAUAACCGUGAUUGGAAAACAAAUCUUUCCAGCUUUCUCAUGCACUAUAGGGCCACACCUCAUAGUGCUACUCAAAUAUCACCCUUCGAGGCACUGACUGGUAGGAAGAUGAAUGUAGGACUCCCAGAGAUUCCUAAACUAGAACCAACUUCUGUCCCUACACGCCUAUCACACAAUGAUGCAGUUAGUAAGGCCAAGAUGAAGGUGUAUGCAGACAAGAGAAGACACACCACCCAAUCUAAUCUGUCUCAAGGUGACCAUGUCUUAGUCAGUCAGCGCAAGCUAGAUAAGCUUACACCGCCUUAUAACCCAGACCCGUAUACUGUCAUAGAAACUAGAGGUAGCAUGGUAAUUGCUGGUCCUGAUGGUCAUACCAUUACCCGCAACUCUUCACAUUUAAAACCGGUUAAAGCGGAACUAUCAGUCCGGGAUGAGGACUUGGGGCCUGGCGCAGCACAAGAUCCCCCUGAUGAGUUCCCGGAGCAACCCGCUCCAUGCCCGCAAGCUCUUUCUCCUGUAAGACCAAUGCCCACUCCGAUCUCUUCUCCUGCUCCUCCUAGGAGAAACCCCAGUCGUUCAGCUGGAAUGCCAAAGAGAUUUAAUGAUUUUGAAUUAGGCUAA